AUGAUGGUCACUAGAUUUGUUCCAUUGGCACUAUGCUACAUUCUCUUCAACAUUGUUCUCGCUGACGAAACAGAGACGGAUCCUAGUUCCACCGGUGUGAGUCACACCCAUAGACAUACCGGCGGUCAAGGUUCUGAGGCUUUAACCGGGUCACUGCAUCGUGUCACAGCCACAGCAGGAAGCGCGCACGGUACGGGACAAGGUAGUAACACCGCACCACAUGACGCACAACUUGGCCGUAGAACCGAUGAAGAACAACAAGAGGUAUCUCACCAGGUAGGUCAAGAAGAAGGAUCCGAUGAGGAAUAUCAUGAGGGCUGCCCAAAAGAGAAUUGUGAAUACGAAAAAGAAAGGAAACCUACCACUGACGAAGUCAGUGAAGUGAAUGGUACGAGGGUUGUUGCCAAAGGAAACGAGCAAGAAAGUACUGAUGUUACCAAAGGAACAGAUGCAAAGGUUGAAGAUGGUGCUGCGGGUAGCUCGACGGCUGAGAACCAGGAUUCCUCAGAAGUAGUGAAUGGUGACUCAGCGGCUGCUGAUGGCGCUGUGGGUGGUACGAGGGCUCAGCCACAGGCUUCCCUAGUCGUCGAAGAAGGAACAGAGACUGUUAGAGAUGCCCCCGCUGGCUCCGAUGCUCCUGGGGUUGUCACCGAAGUUGAGUCGGGAGAGCAGGUUGCCGGUGCAGUCACAACCUCACAGACAAACACUCUCGACCAGCAUACCGACAGUGACCCUGCUUCUCCGCAGCCGCCACGUAGUUUGACCGAGGAAACUGUUAAGACCCAGGGCUCCCCUGAUGCACGUGAAAUCUCAGUAAAGAACCCUGAAACUGGUGAAUCCGAGGCUUCAACCGAUGAAAGCCAAGCCCAUGGUAAUUUGAGCGGCUCUCAGGAACCCGCAGCGACCCAGCAGUCUACUUCUGAUGCCACUUUCAAUGGAUUAGCACUCGCUCUUGUCUCCUUCCUCCUAUUCUCUGGUUUCUAG